AUGCCUGCCACUGAUGCAGGCUUUGGAGUGGAGGAGAGGAUCUUUGCCCUGGAGGAAGCCCAGAAACAGAUUCAGGAGAAGGCUGAGGUUGCCCUGGCCAUGUCAGAAAAGUUGAAGAACACGGACCACUUCUCGCAGCUUUGGGCCCUCCGUGAUGAAAUGGACGCCCGAUUGACUGAGAUAAAGCAAGUCGCGCUGUCAGUCACACCUCUGCAGGCCAUGUUCAAGAACCAGAGCAAGGAGUUUGAGGCCAUGAAGGAGAGCAUAGUGGCCGGCCUGAGCUCCAGCUCAGCACUGGCUGAUAACGUGGCUGGGCUGACCAAUGCUGUGGCCAGUGCACGCUCCAAAGUUGACAAGCAGGUUGCAUCAGUGAAGGCCCUUAAUGCACAGUUAAAGGGCCAAGCCUCAGACCUGAAUGAGCUGAAAGAGUCAAUUCACCUUCAUAAUGCUGCAGUUCAUACAAACAACCAGGAGAUGGCUGCAAUAAAGGAGCUUGUCAAGGCUAAGCAGGCCAUGCAUGCCCAGGCAUUAGAGGAGAUGCUCAAUUCAGUGCAGGUGACUCUGGAUGAGCAGUUUUCCACUUCACAGAACCUCCGCAGCAGCGUCAUGACUAAGCUGCGAGCUUUACACUCCCAGCUGGCCAAUGCUCCUUCUUCGUCAAUGGAACCUGUGUCAAAUGAGGGAGGCCCAGCAGCAGAGGAGCCCAUCUCCACCACAGCACAGGAUGCCAAUGAGGUGCAGGAGCAGCUAGACGAUGUUGAGGAAGAGGAUGAGCAAGAUGAUGCUGAAGAUGAAGCAGGAGAGGAGGCAGAGAAGGAGGAGGCAAUGCAGGAAGAACAGCUAGCGGAACGGAUGCAGUGA